ACUCUGUGUUUUCCGCUCUUAUUUGCAGUCUCAUUCUCCCAUAUCUCCCCAUUUCCUCUCACAUUAUCCCCCCCUCUGUUUAUAUCUUCACAUUUUAACAGACUUCUGUUUCCCAUAAAAGGGAAAAAAAUACAGCUGUGUGAGAUCCCUCCCACCCUCUCCCUGCUUCAAGCUCUUGUCCACAUCCCAGCACCGAACUUUCAUCCUCAUUACAGAUCUGCGCUCUCAUCCUCACCAUAGACCUGCACUCUCAUCCUCAUUACAGAUCUGUGCUCUCAUCCUCACCAUAGACCUUCACUCUCAUCCUCAUUACAGAUCUGUGCUCUCAUCCUCACCAUAGACCUGCACUCUCAUCCUCAUUACAGAUCUGCGCUCUCAUCCUCACCAUAGACCUGCACUCUCAUCCUCAUAACAGAUCUGCGCUCUCAUCCUCACCAUAGACCUGCACUCUCAUCCUCAUUACAGAUCUGCGCUCUCAUCCUCACCAUAGACCUGCACUCUCAUCCUCAUAACAGAUCUGCGCUCUCAUCCUCACCAUAGACCUUCACUCUUAUCAUUAACUUGUGCUCUCAUCCUCAUUACAGAUCUGUGCUCUCAUCCUCACCAUAGACCUUCACUCUCAUCAUUGACUUGUGCUCUCAUCCUCAUUACAGAUCUGCGCUCUCAUCCUCACCAUAGACCUUCACUCUCAUUAUUGGCUUGUGCUCUUAUCCUCAUUACAGAACUGUGCUCUCAUCCACAUUACAGACCUUCACGCUCAUCAUAGACCUGCACUCUCAUCCCAGACCUGUGCACUCAUUGUCAUCAGACCUGUGCACUCAUAAUAGACCUGUGCUCUCAUCACAGAUCUGCACUCUCUUUAUAGACCUAUGCUCUUAUCCUAGUCACAAAUGUAUACUCAAUUUGUAGACCUAAGCUCUCAUCUUCAUCAUAGACCUGCACUCUCAUCCUGAUCACAAACCUGUCCUCUCUUUAUAGAUCUGCUCUCUAAUUUUUAUCACAGGCCUGCUCUCUCAUACUAACCACAAUCUGCACUCUUUCUGCCUUGGCUUACUUCCUUAGUUGACUCUCACAGCCCAGUGUACUCUCACAGCAUAGUGGACUCUCUGCAAACUCCAAGCUCAGCACUCCCAUACAGUUCAGUGCACUCUCCAAGUUGAUGGUUUUUCCAGCCCAUUGCUCUAUUCCUAGGUGAAGGCUGUUGGCCUUCUGGGUAAUUUUUUCCACCCAGUGCUCUCUGUUUAGUGUAGACUCUCUCUAAAAUCCACCACUCUCUGCUAUAUCCUCUUUCUCUCCCAAGCUAGCACAUUUUCACCCAGCGAUAACCUUAAGAAGCAUGGAUGAUUUAGAUGCGCUGCUUGCUGACCUCCAGUUUACAGCUCCUCCUCGUUGUCCAGUUCUACUGUGUGAUUCACCUGAGAAACCGGAGGCCAAUGAAACACGGCCACCCCCACCUUCCUAUGAUCCCAAGAUAUCGGUGUCAUAUAUGCCUUCUGAUGUUGAGAGAAUUCCAGUGAAGAAGGACUAUCUAUACAGUACAGUGCAGAAGCCCCCCAUCUCCUCAUCCUCCCCUCUAGUAGGAGGGGGGUUGUGUGAGUUGGAUCGCUUGCUCAACGAGUUGAAUGCAACUCAGUUCAACAUAACAGAUGAGAUCAUGUCACAAUUUCCUUCAAACAAAAACAAUGAUGAGAAAGCUAAGGAUGAAAAGAGCAGGGCUUUAUCUGCCUCGUCUGCAACUCUGGAGUUAGAUCGUCUAAUGACUUCACUGUCUGACUUCCAUAAGCAGAAAACGGCUUCACCAUUACAGUCUGAGCUAAAAGAAACUUUAAGUUCCAAGGAAUCCAAUGUGCUGUCCAGUACUGCAGGUGCUGAAGUAGAGUUAGAUCCAAGUUAUUCUGCUUGUAGAAGACCUGAAGCAGAGCUGGUUUCUAAACAUUCAGAUGUGGCAUGUGAGAAGAGCGACCUGACCUCAGUGUCACACCCUAGUGAUAAGGAGCCACUGUCAGGCUCAAAUUAUUCACAGAAAAUGUCACCAUCUAGAGGUGACCUGGAUUCAAUGCUUGUAACGCUGAAGUCUGGACUACAACGCCAAGGAAUCGAAACAGAUGCCAAAGGUCUGUGUCACAGCUGCCAAAGACCAAUAGCAGGGCAGGUUGUGACAGCUCUGGGAUUUACUUGGCACCCUGAGCACUUUGCAUGUGCCCACUGUCACUCUCUGAUUGGUAGCACAAAUUUUUUCGAGAAGGAUGGCAAACCUUAUUGUGAAAGAGAUUACUUUCUUCUCCACGCUCCACGUUGUGCCCUCUGUGAGCUGCCUAUUCUGCAGAAUAUGAUUACAGCACUUGGUCGCACUUGGCAUCCAGAACAUUUCUGUUGUAAAAUCUGCAAGAAACAAAUUGCUGAAGAAGGGUUCCAUGAACAAAAUGGUGAUCAAUACUGCGCAGAUGAUUUCUUCCGGCUAUUUGGAGCUAUCUGCACUGGGUGCUCUGAGCCUGUAAAGGAACGUUAUAUCUCAGCACUGGGCAGUUUGUGGCACCCACAGUGCUUUGUGUGCAACGUUUGCAAAACUCCAUUUGUAAGCGGAAGUUUCUUUGAAAAUGAUGGCCUGCCCCUGUGUGAGACUCAUUACCACUCUGUCCGUGGCUCUCUCUGUGCUGGGUGCGAUCAGCCUAUAACUGGCCGUUGUGUAACUGCAAUGGGCAAGAAGUUUCAUCCUCAACACCUGAGCUGCACCUUCUGCCUCCGACAACUCAAUAAGGGAACAUUCCGUGAACAUGAGGGGAAACCUUACUGCCAGGCUUGCUAUACUCGUCUAUAUGGCUAAAGAUGGCACGCCUGGGCACUGGUCUUCAGCCAGGCCUGCUAUACUCAGCUAUAUGGCUAGAGAUGCCUGGGCACUGGUCUUCAGCCAGGCCUGCUAUAUGGCUAGAGAUGGCAUGCCUGGGCACUGGUCUUCAGCCAGGUCUGCUAUACGGCUAGAGAUGGCAUGCCUGGGCACUGGUCUUCAGCCAGGUCUGCUAUACAGCUAAAGAUGGCAUGCCUUGGCAUGGGUCUUCAGCCAGGUCUGCUAUACAGCUAUAGAUGGCAUGCCUUGUCAUGGGUCUUCAGCCAGGUCUGCUAUACAGCUAAAGAUGGCACGCCUGGGCACUGGACUUUAGACUCUUGUUACUUGCAAAUGGCAAGACCAUGUGUAAGAGACAGGUUUUAUGUUUGAUUAUAAAUGUACUCACAGGUUAAGGUUAGACACAUCAAGAUACACCAAGGGUCCUAUCCAGGUUUUGUGAUCCCUCAUUCAUCUCCAGCCACUUCAGCUUCACCAGCUCUGAUACUACCGAAUGCAGCGUAUUCACUAAUGGAGAUGAGUAGACUUUAGUGAAUCAGCUGUAGAGAAUAACAUAGGAAUUGGUGAAGCUGGAUUGACUGGGAGUCUGGAGAGGGCCUUUGUGACCAUUGCAAUGCCAUUUUUUAUAAAGCUGUUUGUAAAAAGUAAUGCCCUGCUAAGCUAAAAUAAUAAAUGGUUGUGCAUAAGGAAAGUUAUCUACACCACUGCAAUCCA